AUGGAGGUUGAAAUGUACCAGAAAAUUAAGCCUUACUCUCAAUUGACGUAUGAUGUCUGUGAAGUAUCUCCCGGACCUCACUUGAAUAUGAUUAUUGGAGCUAAUGGGACAGGAAAGUCGAGCAUCGUGUGUGCCAUUUGUCUUGGGUUGGCAGGCAAACCCGCUUUCAUGGGACGGGCAGACAAGGUUGGCUUUUUUGUGAAGAGAGGAUGUUCCAAAGGAAUGGUUGAAAUUGAAUUGUUCAGAAAUUCUGGAAAUCUUACCAUCACCCGUGAAAUUGACGUGGCAAAAAAUCAGUCAUCUUGGUUCAUCAACAAAAAAUCUACAACCCAGAAAGUGGUGGAAGAGCAAGUUGCAGCCUUAAAUAUUCAAGUGGGCAAUCUUUGCCAAUUUCUACCUCAGGAUAAAGUUGGAGAAUUUGCUAAACUGAGUAAAAUUGAACUCCUUGAAGCUACAGAGAAGUCCAUUGGACCUCCAGAAAUGCACAGAUACCACUGUGAACUCAAAAACUUCAGGGAGAAAGAAAAACAACUAGAGACCUCGUGCAAAGAGAAAACUGAAUAUCUAGAGAAAAUGAUUCAGAGGAAUGAAAGAUAUAAACAAGAUGUGGAGAGAUUCUAUGAACGUAAGCGACAUUUAGAUUUGAUCGAGAUGCUUGAAGCGAAAAGACCAUGGGUGGAAUAUGAAAAUGUCCGUCAGGAGUAUGAAGAAGUAAAGCUAGCUCGAGACCGAGUGAAGGAAGAGGUCAGAAAACUUAAAGAAGGGCAGAUCCCUAUGACACGUCGAAUUGAAGAAAUUGAGAGGCAGCGUCAGAGUUUGGAGGCUCGAAUCAAAGAGAAGGCAACAGAUAUUAAAGAGACAUCUCAAAAAUGCAAACAAAAGCAAGAUAUUAUAGAAAGGAAAGAUAAACAGAUUGAGGAACUGCAGCAGGCUUUAACAGUAAAACAGAAUGAAGAACACGAUCGCCAGAGGAGGAUAAGUAACACUCGGAAGAUGAUCGAAGAUUUGCAAAAUGAACUGAAGACCGCAGAAAACUGUGAGAAUCUUCAGCCCCAAAUUGAUGCCAUCACAAAUGAUUUGAGACGAAUUCAAGAUGAAAAGGCAUCAUGUGAAGGCGAGGUGAUCGAUAAGCGAGGAGAGAAGGAAACCCUAGAGAAGGAGAAAAAGAGCGUGGGUGAUAAUAUUGUACGAUUUGACAAUCUUAUGAAUCAAAAGGAAGAUAAGCUGAGACAGAGAUACCGUGACACAUAUGAUGCUGUUUUAUGGCUAAGAAAUAACCGGGACAAAUUUAAGCAAAGGGUCUGUGAACCUAUAAUGCUCACGAUCAAUAUGAAAGAUAAUAAAAAUGCCAAAUAUAUUGAAAAUCAUAUUUCAUCAAAUGACUUAAGAGCUUUUGUAUUUGAAAGUCAAGAAGAUAUGGAGGUUUUCCUCAGAGAGAUUCGUGACAAUAAAAAAUUAAGAGUAAAUGCUGUUAUUGCUCCCAAGAGUUCAUAUGCAGACAAAGCCCCUUCAAGAUCUCUGAAUGACCUCAAACAGUAUGGGUUUUUCUCUUACUUGCGAGAGUUAUUUGAUGCACCUGAUCCCGUCAUGAGCUUUCUUUGCUGCCAUUAUCAUAUUCAUGAAGUUCCUGUAGGAACUGAAAGGACCAGAGAAAAAAUUGAACGGGUAAUACAAGAAACCCGGUUAAAACAAAUGUACACAGCAGAAGAAAAGUACGUAGUGAAAACUUCCUUUUAUUCAAACAAAGUUAUUUCUAGCAACACAUCCCUGAAAGUAGCCCAGUUUCUCACAGUCACCGUGGACCUAGAGCAAAGAAGACACUUAGAAGAACAGCUAAAGGAAAUUAAUAGAAAACUGCAAGCCGUGGAAGCAGGGCUGAUUGCCCUGUAUGAGAGAAACAAGCAUCUAGAACACAAAGACAAUGAACUUAGACAGAAGAAGAAGGAGCUUCUUGAAAGGAAAACCAAGAAAAGACAACUGGAGCAAAAAAUUAGUUCCAAACUAGGAAGUUUAAAGCUGAUGGAACAGGAUACUUGCAACCUUGAGGAGGAAGAGCGAAAAGCAAGUACCAAAAUCAAGGAAAUCAAUGUUCAAAAAGCAAAACUUGUUACUGAAUUAACAAACUUUGUAAAGAUUUGUACUUCUUUGCAUAUACAAAAAGUUGAUUUAAUUCUUCAAAAUACUACAGUGAUCUCUGAGAAGAACAAAUUAGAAUCAGAUUACAUGGCUGCUUCAUCACAGCUCCGUCUCACAGAGCAACAUUUCAUUGAGCUGGAUGAAAGCAGACAGAGAUUACUGCAGAAAUGCAAGGAGCUGAUGAAGAGAGCUAGGCAAGUAUGUAACCUGGGCGCAGAGCAGACGGUUCCUCAAGAAUACCAGACACAAGUACCCACCAUUCCAAAUGGACACAACUCCUCACCCCCCAUGGCUUUCCAGGAUCUUCCAAACACGUUGGAUGAAAUUGAUGCUUUAUUAACUGAAGAAAGAUCAAGAGCUUCUUGCUUCACAGGACUGAAUCCCACAGUCGUUGAGGAAUACACAAAAAGAGAAGAAGAAAUAGAGCAAUUAACUGAGGAACUAAAGAUAAAGAAGGUUGAACUGGAUAAAUACAGGGAAAACAUUUCACAGGUAAAAGAAAGGUGGCUUAAUCCUUUAAAAGAGCUCGUAGAAAAAAUUAAUGAAAAAUUCAGCAAUUUUUUUAGUUCCAUGCAGUGUGCUGGUGAAGUUGAUCUGCAUACAGAAAAUGAGGAGGACUAUGAUAAGUACGGCAUCCGGAUUCGAGUCAAGUUCCGCAGCAGCACGCAGCUGCAUGAGUUAACUCCACACCACCAGAGCGGGGGUGAAAGAAGCGUGUCCACUAUGUUGUACUUGAUGGCCCUUCAGGAACUCAAUCGAUGUCCGUUCAGAGUAGUUGAUGAGAUCAAUCAGGGAAUGGACCCGAUCAAUGAACGGAGAGUGUUUGAAAUGGUUGUAAAUACUGCUUGUAAAGAAAAUACAUCUCAGUACUUCUUUAUUACACCAAAGCUCCUGCAGAAUCUUCCUUAUUCUGAAAAGAUGACUGUGUUGUUUGUCUACAACGGUCCUCAUAUGUUGGAACCUAACAGGUGGAACCUAAAGGCUUUCCAGAGGCGGCGGCGGCGCAUCACGUUCACUCAACCGCAGUGA